AUGCCCACACUUAUCUACCGUCCGAUUCUCAAUUUUCGUAUUCCAAUCUUCUGCGCCGACAACAAGCCCGAAGACACUCGUUUCGAGUUCCGGAUCUCCCUUCGAUCCCCUCUAACAGCAGCGAAGACUCGGAUAACUCCAGAUCGCAUUCGGCAUACAAGCAAGGUACCCCGUGAAAUCUGCGAUGGAGAGAUCUCGGAAUUCUUGCUCUCUCUUGCCGCUCAAUCGGCACAGAUCCAGUUGAAGGAGCAAGCGUUGGCUGCUUUUCCCAACGAGCAAGUGUACGAGCCUGUUGAUCAUUUUGCCAUCGACGAAGAUGAUCGAGACUCAGACGAUGAUCAUGUGUUAAUGAAGUAUCAUUAUAUCAAGUCUCGACGACAAUCUUCGGCUGAUUUGUCCUGGGAACUUGAGUACAUGCGCCACCACAAGGAGGAGGCUGAAAUGAGGAUACGGGCUAUGGGUGCAUCUGGACAACCAAUGUCUGCACCAGAGCACAAUGAGAAUGGCAAGAGCCCGCCCAUGCUUGGCAAUGACAUCGUCCUUCCUCGAAGCACCUCACCCGAGGGAACAAUAUGUGAGCAUAUUAGCACCGAUAUAGGCUCUCGUGGCGUACAUGCUCCUUGUACUGGCUGUGGUGACUUGUGGUGCGCAGCGCCUCCCCGAGGUAGCAGAAAGGGUGCUGGUCUUUGGAUGGGCACUUGUUGCAAGGGCACGGAUCAAGGGCGGGAAUUGCACGGUCUCCUGCCUGGCAUUGUGACCCCCAUGCCUCGUGUUGACGAGGCUGGCAUUAGCAUGGGACUCAGUCCAUCUCCUUCCCAUACACAUCUGGAUCGUCUCGCAGCCUCGCCUGGAAACCGUAGUUCCCGGAAACCGGCAAGCCCUAAUCUCCAGAAGGCCAUCGACUCCGAAUUCCAUGAUGGAUUUGUGACCCAAAUUUACAACUACUUGUCUCUGGGUUACCCAUGCCUUGCCCGUUAUUAUGACUACGAGCUUAGCCGAAUUUCGGGUAUCUCCAUCGAGGACCUUCGCCGGGAUGACUUGCAAACCGAUGAUAGAGGCUAUGUUGUAGCCCCAGGGACGGACGACCUCGCGAAUGCCUGUACACGAUGGAAAGCUCUCCGUCUAUAUAUCCAGGAAUGGGCGAGACAAGAGCCUGGCAUGGCGGAAGAAGAUACCAACCUUGAAGGCUGGGGACUGCCAGAACGAAGAGGUAGCUGGGCCAUUUGA